UACAUCACACAUUCAUUCACUCUGUGUGUCUCUGUGUGAGUGAGAGGGUUAACACACCUGCGCAGCAAGGCUUCAUCAUCUUCAUCCUCCUCCUCCUCCUCCUCCUCCUCAGCAGCAGCAUCAUCCGUGAGGAGCAGCUCCACCCAGAGAAGCCCGUGUGAGCUAGUGAGUGAGUGUGAGCAUGUCGAGCACCGGGGAAGCUCCGGGCUUCCUGCAGGGUCUGGGCUCGGACAGAAGCUCCAGGAGCAGACAGAAGUUCUGCGGCGUCUUCUGUCCUCUGGACUCGUCCUCCGCCUCAGAGAGAGACGGCGGCGGCAGGAGCGAGCGGCCGGUGAUCGACCGGCAGAGCGACAUCUGCCCGGUGCAGAGGAAGGUGGAGAUCCGGGAGAGCAGCGGCAAAGAGGCGCUGCAGAACCUGGAUGACCGGAAGGUACGAGUCUUUGUUUGUCUUCAUAUUCACGUCACAAUCUCUCUCUGCUUCACCCUCUCAUUUGUCACUUUCGCAGCGCGGACACGGGCGAACAUGUCUGGUUUCCAGGGAAAGAAGAACAUCCCGCGCAUCACAGAUGUGACCGGCGCGUCACGGUUUCUGCCGCUGCUGCAGCGGGAGACGCGGCAGCAGCGGCAGAGGCGGCAGAGACGCGGGACUCAAGAGGACAUGGAGACGCUGGUCAAAGACCACGGUGUGAACUCCUUCCUGGUUUACCUGGCGUACAAAGAUCUUUUCCAGCUGACGGACGCUCAGGUGUAUGAGGUGUUCAGUGUGAUUCGUGACCUGGGAGCCAUCGCUCAGGUUCACGCGGAGAACGGAGACAUCGUCGCUGAGGAGCAGCGCAGGAUCCUGGAUCAGGGCAUCACUGGACCUGAGGGUCAUGUGCUGAGUCAUCCUGAGGAGGUGGAGGCGGAGGCUGUGAACCGCUCCGUCACUGUGGCCAAUCAGACCAACUGCCCGCUCUACGUUACCAAGGUGAUGAGCAAAAGCGCCGCUGAUGUCAUCGCUCAGGCUCGGAAGAAGGGGACUGUGGUCUACGGUGAACCCAUCACUGCCAGUCUGGGAACAGACGGUUCUCACUACUGGAGCAAGAACUGGGCCAAAGCCGCCGCCUUCGUCACCUCCCCUCCGCUGAGUCCUGACCCCACCACACCUGACUACCUGAACUCUCUGCUGUCCUGUGGAGACCUGCAGGUGACAGGAAGUGCGCACUGUCCCUUUAACACGGCGCAGCGAGCCGUGGGCAAAGACGACUUCACUCUGAUCCCAGAGGGCGUCAACGGCACAGAGGAGAGGAUGUCCAUCAUCUGGGACAAGUGUGUGGUUUCGGGCAAAAUGGACGAGAACCAGUUUGUGGCAGUGAGCAGCACCAACGCCGCCAAGAUCUUCAACCUGUACCCGCGCAAAGGUCGCAUCGCUGUGGGAUCAGACGCUGACCUGGUGCUGUGGGAUCCAGACGUCACCAAGAUCAUCUCAGCCAAGAGCCACAACUCGACUGUGGAGUACAACAUCUUUGAAGGCACAGAGGUGAGAGGAGGUCCUCUGGUGGUCAUCAGCCAGGGGAAGAUCAUCCUGGAGGACGGGAACCUUCACGUCAGCGAGGGCUCAGGACGAUACGUGGCCCGGAAACCUUUCCCCGACUACGUUUACAAGAGGAUCAAAGCUCGCAGCAGGCUCGCUGAGCUGCGCGGAGUUCCGCGAGGACUGUACGACGGUCCGGUCUGCGAAGUGUCCCUCACUCCUAAAACCAUGAGCCCGGCCUCGUCUGCCAAGACUUCACCUGCCAAGCAGCCGAACCAGCCGGUCCGAAACCUGCACCAGUCUGGAUUCUGUCUGUCCGGCGCUCAAGUCGACGACAACAUUCCUCGCCGAAACACGCAGCGCAUCGUGGCGCCACCUGGUGGUAAGGCCAACAUCACCAGCCUCGGUUAGAGCUCCGCCCUCCGGCCGCUGAGGAGGAGGCGGAGAGAGCAGAACCCGGAUUCUGCUGCUCCUGACCGGACCCACCGGACCACCGGUCAGCCGCCAUCUUUAACUUCCUCCUCUGCUGCUGUUUCCACACACACACCCACUGUCCUCAUGUCCUCAUGUCCUCAUGUCCUCACGUCCUCCAGAGGACACUGCUAGAAACAAAAGGAAAAAAAAAAAAUCAAGUCUGCCUCAUAAUGAAAAAAGAGAAAAAAAAUGGCCGCACUCUUUAUUUGAGCACUUUUGACAACAUGUUUUUUUUAAAACUGUAUUUUUGGAUGUUUUACUGUUGUUUUAAUGGAGGGGGCGGAGCCUAAACUGAAGCGAUGCCGUUAAGAAAAGAACAUAAUCUUAUAUUUGUAUUUUCCUCAUAAUUUAAAUGUAGCAUGAGUUUAUAUCCACUCUUGUUAUUUACUUUUUUUUGUUUUUGAAUCUGUUAAUCUGUUAAUCUGUUUUUGACACACACACACACACACACACACACACACACACCGCUGCUGUUGUUGAUGAGUCGUCAGGACUCUGGCAGGUUGUAAAUGAAGCUUCAUCUGCGAGCGUUAAGUGUGAGGAUUAACAGAUUAACGGAUUAACAGAUUAACGGUGAGAUAGAACCUGACUUUGCUUCAUUGCUUCUUAACAACAUCGUCUUUCAUGCGCCGCUCGCCGCGCAGACGCAGGAUUUUCACACAGACUCUGUUUUUGUGCCUGAACCCUCUGAAGUUUUGUCUCUUUGUUGAAGUGAGUGAAGGAUUAAAAUAGUCAGGAUUAACCGAUUCAAAGGUGCCAGAGUCCGUGCUUUCGUCCGGGCCUCCGUCCUCCACGGGUGGGCGGAGUCUGUGUGGAGACGAAAAACGCUCGAUAUGUUGAAAUGUAAUAAUGUUUUAGAGUUUUUUUUUUUCUUUUUAACUUGUUGUCAAACUGCUUUUUAACACACACGCACACACACACACACACAAACACACAGCCUCUGACCCUAACUGGAAUCAUCACAACUAAAAACCCUAACCCUGAAACCAGGUCUUAACCCAGAAUUGUUCUGCUUCUCAUUCUAACAACACGUUCAUCAUUAAACUGUCGCCUCAGUGUUGUAUUAAGUCAUUGUGAGCACAGAUGUUUGUCAGCUGUGCCUGGGCUGCUGCAGCGCCCCCUGCUGUCGUCUUCAUGUCUCACAGAUUUAUACAAACCUUCAUCUCUGUGUCUCUGUGUUUGCAUCCUUACCCACAAUCCUCUCUGUCUCUAUAGUCUGAUUUAUCACAAUGUUGGAGGUUAUUUAAGGAGGCGUGGUCUCCAUGGCAACGUCUCACGACAACAGGGUCAGUCAGGACUAGGACGUUUGUCUUCAGAAAAACUUCAAACAAACAAAAUUCACUCACUCACUAAAGGUUCUGGUUUUCAUCUCUCUCUCUCUCUCUCUCUCUCUCUCUCUCUCCUGUCUAGCUCUUUUUUUUCGUUGUUUCUGGCUGUUGCCAUGGCGACAGACCCUUCCACCUCUCACCCCACACUCUGGGGUUCUGCCUUUUGUUUGUCAUGGCAACGAUUGUCAGACUCUGGUGGUUGCCGUCAGCAACCUGCUCUGACCUGGUGCUAUUACUACACACAGACACACACACACAGACACACACACACACACACACACACACACUCUGUCUGCUUGGAUGCUUUUUUGACGCCAUAUUAUGCUAAUGAUAUAUGAGUGAUAUGUAUGUUAUACUAUGAUGAUGAUGAUGAUGAUGAUGAUGAAGAUGAGCUCCUCUCCUCCUCCUCCCUCUGUGAAAGUGAAAAAUGUACUGAUGGUAUAAAUCGUCGUGGUAACUGGGAUUUUUCGGGGAUGUUCCCACAGGUGAUCAUGGAUCAUGUAAAAAAACAAACAAAGACGUCAAAGAAUAAAAACAUGAGAAAACA